CCCCUCCUCACCUGCUGGACGCUUCAGUCAUAAGUUCGGAGAGUCAUCAUGGCGGUCAGUGCUCUUAACAUCAGGCCGUUGAUCUGUGUGUUAUUCCUGCUGUGUGCACAUGUUCAAGAUGUGGAUUCACUGAUUCUCCGUCCUGAACCAAACAGACUACAGUUCUUUGAAUAUGAGUCUCUGACCUUUCAUUGUGAGGGCUCUUACGGCUCGACUGGACUGAAAAUUGUACAUCGGUCCAAAGGGGAAUUACAGACAUGUGAAACUCCAGUGACAUCAAAAAGGUCAUCCUGCUCCAUUAAAACUCUUUAUUUAGAUGAAAAUGGACAAUACUGGUGUGAGUCUGGAGAUGGGAAGACAAGCGACAUCAUCUAUAUCACUGUUACUGCUGGUCCUGUGAUCCUGGAGAGUCCCCUCAGUGUGGUGGAAGGAGAGGAUGUGACUCUGCGCUGCAGAAACAAGACGACCUCACCCAACCUCUCAGCUGAUUUCUACAAAGAUGGACGCCUUAUCGGAAGAAGCUCUACAGAAAACAUGACAAUCCACGGCGUUACCAAAUGUGAUGAAGGACACUACAAGUGUACCAUCUCUGGAGGAGGAGAAUCAGCUGAGAGUCGGAUGGCUGUUGAAGUGCCAGUGGACUGA